CUUCAUCGGCGUCUUCAUCUUCAACCUCUGGACCAGAAAUGGCGGGAAUCGCCCGCGUCGCGGGGCCUUCUCCGAUCACUCCGCGCUCGACGGUGGUGGCUCUCCAAGCUUCCCGCUUGCCCGGCCGCGUUCUCUUCCAGCUCCGAUCUCUCGAUCUGCGGAGCUCGCUUUUCUUUCUUCCUUGUUGCCCUAAUGCUCGUCGCCGGCGAUGCUGUCGCGCUAUGAAAUCGACCGGCGAGGAAGGAAGCAACGGUGCCGCGCCGAAGUUGAUCAAGCUCGCCGUGAGCGGAGUCACGGAGAUUCUCAGGGUUUUGUCUCCUGUGAAAGGCGACAGUUUGGAGAGUGUGAGUGACGACGAGCGAGAUGGGGUUCCUGCUUCCAGUGUCGAUGAUGUCGUGAUGAUCCUCACGUCUGAUUAUGAGAAGGCUUACUUUGUCACAGGAGUAUUUUCUUCUGCAAUUUACGCUGAAGAUUGCAUUUUCGAAGAUCCAACAAUUAGAUUCCGGGGUAAGGGUCUGUAUGAGCGCAACUUGAAAUUACUUGUUCCUUUCUUUGACCAUCCAUCAAUAAUAUUACACAGUAUACAAAAGGGUGAUGAUGAGACUUACAUUUUGGCUAGAUGGAAGCUCAGAACCUACUUAAAACUUCCCUGGAGACCUCUCAUUUCAAUUGAUGGGAAGACUGUUUAUGAACUUGACGACAACUUUGCAAUAGUUAGACAUGCUGAAAGUUGGAAUAUUUCUGCUCUAGAAGCAAUUGGCCAGAUUUUUACCCCUAGCUUUGGCAGACCAAGUGAUUGAAGGUAAGUUGUGCCUGCAACUCUUGGAAAGGCUUUAUGGCCGCUUAUGGUUGGAGAAAGAAAGGCUGCCCACUUUAUGGAACAGACUCAAAAUAGUCCCUCUGGCUAUUGUCUCCAUAUCAUACUCUUAAAGACAUGGACCUACAUUUUUACAGUUGGCCCUGAAGGGAGGUGUUAUCAGAGAUAAUUGUCUAAAGAUUUAAGUUCAAAGACCUUGUAGACCUACUUGUAAAUUGCUGGGUAUGCAAAGGAUGUGUCAUCUCACUCAGGUGUAUAUAUAUUAUUCAAUAUUUUGUCAA